GAGGUUUGUCACUUCUCUUUGUAAACUGCACAAUUUCAGCUCUGUGGGAAGAAUACACAUACAUGCUCAUUUAUAAUGGAGGCUACGGCCAAGUACGACUAUGAAGCUACCGCUGGUGAUGAACUCAGCUUUAAAAAAGGAGAGCGAUUGCAGAUUCUGCAGACCACUGGAAACUGGUACAAAGGAGAACUCAAUGGAUUUGAAGGGUUUGUACCCAAAAACUUCAUCAACAUUCAUCUGCCAAGCUGGUACCAGGAAGACUUGAGUCGCAGUGACGCUCAGGAGAAGCUGAUGCAGCAGCCUGUGGGGGCCUUCAUCAUACGGGGGAGUACAACUGCAUCUCAACGAGAUUUCUCCAUCUCUGUCAGACAUGAAGCAGAUGUGCAGCACUUCAAGGUGCUGCGGGACAGUAGAGGGCAGUAUUAUCUCUGGUCAGAGAAGUUCCCUUCCCUUAACCAGCUGGUGGAAUAUUACAAAAACACAUCUAUCUCCAAACAGAGUCAAAUAUUCCUACAAGAGACACAACAACAGCAAAGAGGAGGCCCAGACAAUUUACCGCUGCUUCCCACUCCUCGACUCUCCAACUGCCCACCUAGACCUGCACCACGACAGCACAGAGCCUCCACCAAGCUGCAGGUUAGAGCUCUGUACAGUUUCCAAGCUGAAGAGAAAGACGAGCUGGAGUUCAACGCGGGUGAUAUCAUCAACGUCCUGGAGUGCUCCGACCAGGCCUGGUGGAGAGGUGAGCUGAGGGGCAAAACCGGCCUAUUUCCCUCCAGCUACACCAAACCUAUCUGAGAGGAACACGCUUCCAGAUACAUGAAUAUUAUAGUAUUAGUUGUUUGUAUUAAGCUUCAUGUCUAAUAUUAUUUCAUACAAAUUCAUUGUAACUUACAGAAGUCACAACCCUAAACCAGCAGCAACAGCUGCAGCGUGUCAUGACAGAAGAUGUCAGCUGUCGAGAAUAAAAUGAAGACUAACUUGUUUGGUGCACACACACACCCACACACACACACGCAAAGAGUACAGGGGAUUUCUGUUUAUCAUCACACAUAAAACAAACCGCUGUAUGUCCUGUACAAUGGAUACAAUAGGGUGACUGUUUUGGCUAUAAAAAGUUCCCAGGUCUUCUCAAAAAAUCAAUAUAGUUUACAUAUUAUAUAAUCUACACAUGAUGCAUUUCAUUUAAGAUAUGUAAAAAAGUGUCAAAACGAUUUUCAGUUACCAUCUCAACAACGUAUUUAUUUUCACAUUGUUUUCUUUAAUAAAAACAAUAAUGGGCAUUAUUAAUGAGAGCUGACAAUACGUUUUUUAACAAUAAUCAUACAUUAUCUUGACCUGUCCAGUGGUGGAAUGUUACUAAGUACAGUUACUCGAGUACUAUAGUACAGAUUAGAGGUACUUUUACUUACUUAUUUCCUUUUCCGGCCACUUAAUACUUCUACUCCACUAUAUU